AUGGCCUUUGCUUUUUUCCUGCAGCUUGAGACAUAUCAGGCUUGUGUUUAUGUUGAAAAAAAUUUCGAACUUUGUGACAUAUAUUUGGCAGCGGCUGACGUUGUAAAAAAGCUGGUAUCUACUCGAGAUGAGAGUAAGAUAGUGGAUAAUAUUGCACUCUACUGCAACAAAGAUAAUACAAUUGAUGGUUAUUGUCAAGUUACAAGCACUUCGGAUAUAGUUUCUGGUUGCGUGAUUCAAAUUGUUCUAAAUGAUAAAAUUCAAAUUGAAAGACAAGUACAAGUUGUCGGUCACAAUUUUCAAGUACACAGUUAUCGAUCACCACAUUUUUGUGAUUAUUGUGGGGAAGUAUUAUUUGGUUUGGUACGUCAAGGUCUACGCUGUUCGGGUUGUAGUCAAAAUUUUCACAAAAAAUGCGCGUACAAAAUACCCAACACAUGUACUGGUAUAAGUACUAGAUCAAGUUUAACGAAACAAUCCAGUUUUGAAAUAAAUAACCAAUCAUCGUCCAAUUUGUCAAACACUACCGUUCAAUCGCAUUCUCUUCAUGGAAAUGAAGACCAAUCUCUAUCGGUUCAGUUUCAGAAAAAUAAAACUCAACGAUCUUUAGAUACCGGUUUGGAGAGCAAGUCGACUGAUUUGAAAAGUCACUUAAAUCAUGAAGCUAAUGAUCAUGAUCUCAGUAAUACAACAAUUCAAAGGUAUAAGACAAUUAUUAAAAUUGGUCAAAUUCAACCAAUCAAUACAUCACCUCUUAGAAAAAGUAGUAUACUACUAGGCAAACCAUUAUGGAGUCAACAAGUUAUUGAAAAACCACUUGAAGUUCCGCAUACAUUCGAGUUGAGACGAAGUGCUAAGCCUAUUGUUUGUCAAAACUGUCAUCGUUUAUUACAUGGAUUAUUUCGGCAAGGUUUACAGUGUAAAGACUGUAAAUUAUGGGUACAUAAGAAAUGCGCCACAUCGAUACCGAACAAUUGUGAUGGUGAACAAUUUUCUCAAGAAGACAAUCCCAUCAAAGAUACACAAUCAAGAAAUUCCUCCUCACUGUCAAUAACAACAUUGUUAGGAGUACAAGAUCCAACGACAUUAUCAUCAUCAUUAUCAUCCACAUCAUCGUCAUCAAGUGGACCAAGUAAAUUUAAAAAACGUUUAUUUCUUCGUGGACAGACAGUUAGUGCUAUUAAUUCUCAAACUACGAAUGAACAACAACAACAACCGGAAACACCAUCAAUCGAUCAAAAACAAAACAGAUUUUUACAUACAACACAAAGACAAGUAACUGAAGAAAAUCUAUGCUCACCCUCAAAAAAUGAACUGACAGAAAUUCAACCACAUUUUGUAGAGCCAACAUCAAAAUUAUUAUCUUCAUCAAAUUCUUCCACUGAUAAUAAAUUAAUUCAUUCUACUGAUGUAAAAAAUAUUCAGUCAACAAUUGAAGAACGUAAAGCACAUUUUCGUGCACAACAUCAAAUUAAACAACUAUGUGAACCGGAUAUGAAAUUUAAUGAUUUAGUUAAAUCAGCUGAUACCGAUCCACAGAGCAGUGAAAAUGUUGAUCAAACAACUCAUUUACAAAUGGAUUUACAUAACUUAUCAACUGAUUUAAGGAGUUCAAUUGAAAGACCUUUGGUAAAGGUUAAUCCAUUGUUAUGUGGACAACGAAAUAUCCCAUUGAUGCGUGUAGUUCAAUCAGUUCGUCAUACUAAACGUUCUGGAAGUAGUUUAAUCAUUAGAGAAACUUGGAUGGUUCAUAGAACUAACAAGGAUCCAGUUUUGCGUCGACAUUUUUGGCGUCUUGGGACUAAAUCAAUAACAAUGUUUUAUCAUGAGAAAACAAACCGUUAUUUCAAGGAACUUAAUUUAAACGAUAUCAUUUGUUUGGAACCAGCUGGUACAAAUCCUUAUCCAUGGUGUCAUCCAAACACUUCUCAGGCUACUACUACUACUACUACUACUACUACUACUACUACUACUACAAUAGCCACAACAAAUAAUUGUCCAAAUAUUAUUAAUAAAAAUAUAAAUGAUUGUGAUACUCGUUUAAAGUUAUUGAAUCUUAAUGAAUUCACUACAAGGUUAAUUAAAAAUAGUAAUAACGAUAUAAAAUUAGAUAAUUCACCUAUUAUACCAGAUCAUGUGUUUGAGUUACGUUGUGUUGACGAUUUAAUUUAUUAUGUUGGUCAGUUAGGUUAUAUGGAAAGUUUAGAUAAUGAAAAUGAUACUUCAUUAUUGUUUAAAUUACAUUCUCGGCGUAAAUCACAUUUUCCAGCAUUGCCAUCAGCUGUAUCUUAUGUACGUAAAGCUUCUGCUCCACUGUAUGGUUUAGUAUAUUUACCUGAACCACCAUUACAGCCACCGUUAUCAUCAUCAUCAUCAUUAUUGACUACAGAUAUGAAAUCAUCUAAUUUCUUAAAAGUUGAUUUAUCUCAAUGUAUGAAAACUCAAAUGACUGGUAAUUGUAUACAAGAAAAUUCCAUAAGUGAUGGUUGUUAUCGUGCAGCGAUUCUUCCACCACCUCCAGGAACUGGUUUAGAUUUAGCAAAACAUUUAGAAACAGCUAUACGUCAAUCAAUGCUACCUUUAACUUCAAGAACAAGUUCACAGAAAAAUACUACAAUCAACAAUGUAAAUUAUCAAUCUACAAAAAAAGUGCAACAACAAGGAGAUAAAGAAAUCUUGGAACAGACUCAUGGUGCACAAAAAUCCAUGACUUUAUCAAUUACAAAUAAUAAAUUUAUUAUACCAAAACUUAUGACAAUUAAUUCAUCAAUAUGUAAAGAUCCAGUCAACAUAUCAGAGUGUUCACAAAUUUGUAAUGAAGAAGUUGGUGAAAAAACUACGGAAAUAUCAGAUUUAGAAAAAGCUGAAGAUGAUGAUGGUACAGGGAGUUCAAUAAGUGCUUUUAUUGAAAGUAAACAACCUAGUGAUAAUGUUCAAGCAUUGUAUGAAAUAUUUCCAGAUGAAGUUUUAGGCUCUGGACAAUUCGGUAUUGUUUAUGGAGGUAUACAUCGUAAGACGAAACGUGAAGUGGCCAUUAAAGUCAUUGACAAAUUACGAUUCCCUACUAAAAGAGAGGCGCAACUAAAGAAUGAAGUGUCCAUUCUGCGUAAUCUUAAUCACCCUGGAGUGGUAAAUCUUGAAAGAAUGUUUGAAACACCAAAGCGCGUAUUUGUGGUAAUGGAAAAACUAGCAGGUGACAUGCUGGAAAUGAUCCUCGGAUCGCCACAAGGUCGACUGACAGAACGAGUUACGAAAUACCUGGUGACACAAAUACUAGUUGCUUUGCGAUAUCUCCACCUGCGAAGCAUAGUACAUUGUGAUCUCAAGCCAGAAAAUGUCCUACUGGCUAUACCACCUAACACAGAUGUGAAUAAUAUGGGACUCCCAGAAGUUUCUCAGAGUGUAGCCCAACAGUUUCCCCAGAUCAAGCUGUGCGACUUUGGAUUUGCAAGGAUUAUAGGCGAUAAGUCCUUCAGGCGAUCGCUGGUUGGUACACCAGCAUACCUAGCUCCUGAAGUACUGAAAAACCGUGGAUACAACCGAGGGAUCGACAUGUGGUCUGUUGGAGUGAUACUUUAUGUAAGUCUUAGUGGGACAUUCCCGUUUAAUGAAGAGGAGGAUAUAGCCGAACAAAUAGAAAAUGCCGAAUUUAUGUAUCCAAGUGACCCGUGGGACAACAUAUCUGAAGACGCCAUACACCUAAUAACACAUUUGCUGCAAGUACGUCUCCGAAACCGAUUCUCCGUUGAGAGAAGCCUUAACCACAUUUGGAUGCAGGACUACAUAUGUUGGUGCGAUUUACGUCGGUUGGAAGCCACACUCUCAAAUGAAAGUCGGUUUCUUACUGCAAAUGCAGAUGAUGCACGGUGGGAAAGAUAUCGUGAAAAGUGGAACAGCGAGAUUGAUGCAGAACCAAGGAACCGUGUUUCCGAUCAGACGUCAUGCAAGCUUCCUACAUGGAAGGAACUCGCUUGGAUAACAGACAUAAAUUUUUAGCUCAUAUACUUGCAACCAAAUGAACUUGUACGAAACCCAUUGUGAUAUAAUAAAAAAACUUUUAAUGAUUG